AAUACCUUCACCUCUUUGACAAAACGGUGUGCUUGUAUUUAACUUAGUAAAUGGCAAGAACAUGGUACAUUUGUGAGUAAUCAAUUACCAUCAACGCUCUACGUUAUAGCCUUAAUCAUAACAGACAACCGUGCAGCUGAAACGAUUAAGAUUGUUCCAAAUCACGACCCGUAUUUUAAGUCUUCGAAAUGCGGUUGUUUACGGAAUGAAAAGGAAAUGCGAAAGCUCAACGGAAUUUGUAACGUUAAAGACAUAUUACAGCUAAGAAAAUGAAUUACGUUUGCUUACAAACAUAAUCUAAAUGCAUGUUAAAUAUGGUUGCUUUUUGUUUGUUUACGUAUUCGAAAUCUGUAACGUUAGCUAACUCUGAAUCACAACUAUCGCUAAUGGAGCAAGCUAACAUUAGUAGUUAGCUGGCUAGCUAAAGUUGAGAUUAAACGGGACUCUAGUUUUGGUGUGAUAAAGUAAGCAAACUGCAAAUGUGGACCAACCAGAUACUACAGCCUGUUUAACGUUAACGCCAUAUAGACUGAAAAUCGAGUUACUGGCAAAUCCAGUUUAUAGAGAGCCACGUUAGCUGUGUCCGACAGCUACUACUCUGCUACAGUCUUUGGCUGUCCAAAGUUGCCUGUUCCUGAGUUCACUCCAAAUAAAAGGACAGCCAUUACACAUCUUUGCCAUAAUGGCCGAAACUAUAUUAACGUUUCAGUCGCAGCUUUCUGGUGUCAUGGAAACGGUAUUUAAAGCUGCCAUGUAUGAGAUCACCCGGCUGGUAGAGGACAGUUUUUUGGACGAGGUAACACGGUGCAGAGAGCAGGUCGAGUCCCUGAAGCGGCGACUUAAGUUUUCGGAGGUUCGACGGAGAGAAAGAGAGGGAGACCGAGACCGGAGGGGGAGAUGUCUUGACUGCGGAAGAGUCGGGGCGUCCGGUGAGGCGCCUCCCAGAGCGACAGAAAAAAGUUUUAAACAGGAGAGUGUGUUGCAAGAAGAGAUAAAUAGCUUGCAAGGCAGUGAUGGAGAGACACACCAUGACGCGGAAGAGGCAAGACCCGAGGCCCACAGAGCCAUCAAGGCACCACAGGAUGAAAAGCUGGAUAGACUGCUCAAGGAGGAAGCCAUUCAGAUCACGCCAGAAAUAAAUGAGUCCCAAGAGAGAUGGGGAGUCAAUUUGGAUGAAACCGAGACAUCAGGUCUGCCGGGGCCCAGCAAGCGUUUUGACGACCAGAAGCUGCCAAAGUGCCAUGUGAACUGGGAAGCUGGCUAUAAUCAGAGGCCAGAAUCAGGCCAAGAUGGACACUCAGUUGACCCCUCUGAACCACUGUUCCAGAGAAGGUAUGGUAUGGAAGAUUUGGGUGGCUUUGACAAGACUGACUAUGGAAACUCAAAUAUGAUAGACAUGGGUAACUUGGAUGGGUUACAAGGAUCACCAUCACACCUGGGUGAGGAUCUGAGUUACAUGGGGGACUAUGAGAGGGACGUGGGAGCACCAGAAGAAGUCGAGCAUCACGUUUACCAAGCGGGUGCCGCACGGACUAAAAGGGGCGCGGACGGUUCACCUGCAGGCUCCCCCUUGAGGACUAACAUCGAUGUAAGCGGAGAGCUCAGCUGUUUAUUGAUUAAUGAAGAAGGGUAUCUACAGGACCCGACUAUAUUGUACCCCCAACAUGGGUCUGGUGAUCCAAGCGGCAGGUUGAACUUCAGGGGCCAGGGCAUUCACAUUGACCCGUCUUUAGACAGCACAGAGGAUAUGUAUGGGCCCUCAGGCGCAUACAGUGAUUCCUUAAACUCGGGAGAGAGGCUGCAGCAUCAGGCAGGAGGGAGAGCAGGGAGGAGAGACACUUCUAACCAGUGCUCCACGUCCUUUCCGGAUUCGGCCUCACUAAAGGCCCACAGGCAGACACACAAAGGCACCGGACAAGCGCCCUCGUACUCCUGCACCCAGUGCGGAAAGACCUUCACCCAAGCGUGCAACCUCAAAGUCCACCAGAGGAUUCACUCAGGGCAGGGGCUCCACCUAUGCAGCCAUUGCGGUAAAGGUUUUCCUUCUUUCUCUGACCUAAAGACACAUAAGUGUGGCCAAACGGUUGACAAACCUUACUGCUGCACUGUAUGCGGGAACAAGUUCAGCCGCCUCUGGAAUCUGAAGUUGCACCGGAGAAUUCACACACAGGAAAAACCUCAUCGGUGCACCAUGUGUGAUAAGAGCUUCACACGGGCGGACAUAUUGAAGGUGCACCAGCGUACCCACACCGGGGAGCGGCCAUACUGCUGCACUGUAUGUGGGCUCAGCUUCAAACGCCUGGAUCAUCUGAAAUCACAUCAGCGGAAACACAUGACAAAUCUAUAAGACGAGGGACGUUUGGGGAGACCGAGAGCGUUAGAAAGUGUAAGAUUGUUGAUGGUAUGAGAGAGAUUUAACAAUGUUUUUAUUUAUGGCCCAUGGAUUCUUUUUUUUCUCAUAAAUUCCAAGUUCUUUGGCUUUCAUUUAAAAACCUUUCAUUGGUAUGGAAAACAACAAAGAUAAAUUAUGUUUCUCAUGUUUGUUAAAUAUGUCUUAUUUGUACCCAUUUAUUGCUCCAUCUUUGGUUACUGCAAAAAUGACUGUAAAAGUUAGAAAA